GUGUCGCGUUACAGCGCUUUCCGUCGCGCGCUGGCGGCUUGCGCACCACGCCAUGGGGCGAGGAGGCAGACGAUGAGCUCAAGGGUACCCGCCCCCCUUCCAUCGGCGGCUUCGUCUUGACAGCGGUCCGCGCUGUUCUGUGUCCCUUCCCAAGGAACGAGGCCCACGGAGCGCCGCCGGCCGGGCCCUAGAGUGCGCGCGCCUCUGUGCUGGGCCGGGUUGGACGAGUCCUGGGCUGGGAGUGCUCGCUUGCCUCGACUGCUUCUCCGGGGUGCCGGAGAGGGAAGCGCGCCGUGCGUCGGAGAGCAGGGGUCCGCCCAAGGUACCCCCGAGCCCUCAAUUUCUUUUUUCGGACAUUGCGAGAGGGGUCCCCGCUCUGUUGCGUUGUCAGCCGCGGGGGCGUCCUUGGGUGAGACGAAACGUCGCUCGGAAAGUGCUCCAGGAAUCGCAGAGGAUAAGCAUGGCGCCAAAGUUAAGGAAACAAUGAGAGUCGGAGAAAGGAUCCAUCGUCAGGGGAGUGGUCCGUAGAGCGCGCAGCACCAAGGCUAGCGAUGUUCAGCAAGAAAACAGGAAUAUGCUGUGGCGCGUUUUCCCUGAUUGUGGCCAUCUUCUCGGUAUUCGUGCUGAUCGAGUUUGACGACUUCUACGGGGACCUCCUGAACAAGCAAGUGGCCAUAACACCGGGCUCCACAGCCUUCAGCGUGUGGAAAGAUGUGGGCUCCUGCUUCGACAUGUCAGCCAACCUGUACUUCUUCAACAUCACCAACGUGGAGGCGGUCAAGGCGGGAAGGGCCAACCCUCGCCUACGCCAAAUGGGUCCUUACUCUUACCGAAUUGAAUGGCUCAAGGACAACAUCACGUUCAACGACAACGGAACUGUGUCCUUCCUGGAGAAGAUGAUCUUUCAUUUCGACGAGGAGAAUUCCGCUGGCACGGAGGACGACCUUGUGACGACUGUCAACGUGCCGUUCAUCGCAACGCAGCACCUCCUGAGCGGCCAGAGCCUUCUCCUGCGCUCCGUGGGACGCAUGCUGCUGUCCAGCCUGAGCCAGGAGCUGUACCUGACGCGCAGCGUGCGAGAGCUCAGCUUCGAAGGCUACCCGGACGUGCUCAUGAUGCUCGCCGCCGUUGCGCGCGGAGGCGCCGACGGCAACGCGGCCGGCGGUGCUGGCGGCAUCGACAUCGUCAGCGUCUUCCGCAAGGGCUACCGCACGCUGGUCGACACGCUCAAGAACCAGCCUCAGGACGCGGCCGGACGCUUCGCCUACAUGGCCGGGCGCAAUGACACGUUUCACGAACUUCUAACGAUGUAUACAGGAGAGGGCGACAUUUGUCGGAUAAACCACUUGGACUCCAUAAACGGAAAAAGGCAACUCGGUAUCUGGGAAGACGAGGUGUGCGACAAAGUUCGUGGAUCGUUUGGCAACGUGCGCCCUCCUCUCUCGACGUCUUCGUCCGAGACUGUGUUCAUUCCUGACUUAAAGCGGACUUUCGAACUUCACCACGUGGCCGACUCCAAGGUCGGUGGUCUGGGCACGCGGCGGUUCGCCGUCACGUCGGACGUCUUCAACAAGAGGUUGCCCGAGAACGCCUGCUACAACGCUGCCCGCAAGGACUUGCCUUCGGGACUCGCCGACCUCGGUCCCUUGCAGGACGGAGUGCCGGUCGUCAUGUCGUUGCCUCACUUCCUCUACGGGAGCUCUUCCCUCUACAAGGGCGUCGAUGGAUUGUAUCCCGACGAGGAGCAGCACCUGUUCUACAUCGACAGUGAACCGACCACGGGAGCGUCGAUUUCUGGCAGAGUUCGACUUCAGCUCAACGUAUUAAUAAAGGACAUUCCAGGCUUCUGGUCUUCCUCUGAACUGGGCUACACGGUCCUUCCACUGUUUUGGCAAGAAGUGGUCGCUGAAGCACAGGAGCACACCUUGACCAGAAUACGAGUGGCGGUGCUGGCUCCGAUACUGGUUCGAUGCACCGCCAUAUUUCUUCUGGUGGCCUCCGUCAUCCUGCUGUUGGUCUCCUUCAUCUCCUUGCUAAGGUCCCGCCGAAGUCGACGGCGCGUCGUCUCGGAGCCAUCCAAGGCUCCCAGGGACAAGGUGUCCAUCUACCUCAACGGCGGCAGCUUCCUCGCCAGCCGGGACAACAACAACGGCCUUGUCAAGAACGGCGCUGUUCCGGCGGCGCUCGCUCAGGACGUGCCCGAGGCCGACGCCCUGCUCUUGCAAUCCACUGCCGUCUAGCGCCUGCGAUGUGCGAAAUGUGCGCGGCCACACGCAUCGGCACCAGUGCGCUCAAACUCGAUGAGCAUCUGCAAAACUGAAGUGCGACGUUUCUUGUGUCCUGUGACUGAAUAGUAUACGAUGCUUUUCGUCACAAGCAUCAGGCGCCUCAGGCGAUGCGUCGUGCCUUCGUGAGAAAGGGGGUGAUGGGAUGGAGCAGUGCAGCUCUUGGGCUCUAUUGCCAACGCAGCGGAUCGUAUACAGGGUCAUAACCGGUCAGUGCAGGAACCAUCGGCAGGGACAACGUGCAAUCCUGUAGGCCUUGCUCCAAGCGGUCGUUGAGGGUCGCCGGUUCGACCCCUUGCCAGAGUGUCUGUGUUCUUAGCGCUUGUGAUCGUCGCACUCACGUGCCCGGUCUGCGCGCUUUGGUGCUGUGAAAUUUCUCGUCUGUGCUAACUGUACAGCGAAUACGGACACUAGCUACAAUAUGAACCAUCUCACUCUGUAGAGCGCGCCGUGUGUGUGUGCGUGCUUCUAAGUGUUGAAUGCGUCGACAUCUGCGCGCUAUGCGUGCUUCCGUGCCAUCUCGCGAAUCUUGUGUGUGCAGAAGUGUUAUAACUGGACGGCUAGUUCUUCACUCGUUGAUGUCUGACUGUCAAAAGGAGUGUGGCUACCAAAAAUUACCGGUCGGUAACAAAUCAACAAAGGCGAAAUGUCUGAAAGCAUUGAGUGAUGUACUGUAUCUCGCCUCAUAUGUAUAUUGUAAGAGUCUGCUCCAAAUACUGUGGUUGUAAUGUAAUUGUGCAGAUACAUCGGAUAUUUCUAUGCAAUUAACAUUUUUGCUAACUAAACGACUACUCUGAGUACCGGUGUUCUUCUCGCGCUUUUUGAUAAUGUAUUUUUCUAUACUGGUUGAUGAAAACUUCUGAGGUUUUCCUGUUACGUAAAUAACGUUACUGUCUGCCAUUUGUCACAUCAUUCGAACUUUGCCGCUGUGAUGCUUCAAAUUGUAAAGCAAGGACACUGCCUGACGGCUUGGAUAAUGCUACAGACAGAAAUCUGCAGAUCUGAUCGGCAUCUGUUUGUGAACAUAAUUUAAUUGUACGCAUGUUGUCAUGAAAAUGACGAUUUACCGCCGAUGAUACUGUGCCUUGUGCUCCAUCGUAUUUCACUAAAACAAAGCGAUCAAAGUUCCAGUACUUCUACAGACCAUUUGCGCUUAUAGAAAGAUACAGCCUGAAAUGUUGCUGCCCACGUGCGUUGACUGUUCUAGAAGCGUGAAGGCCACUGCCCUCGUCAGCAGUGUGUGCCAGCACCAAUGUGCUACCGCUGCGUUCGCCUGCAGUGAAACUGGAGUCGUGCUUCCCAACGAGCGCCACUUAUCGAGGGCUCAUAGUUCAAGAAACGGCAUUCUCGGGCACCUAGAAGGGUUACCUUCGCAUUUUUUAGCGAUAGACUCACGGGCAUGCAUAAAAGCGCAUUGCAUUGAACAUUGUGCGUUUUCUUGGGUCUUGUAGUGGCGGAACAGCUUUACACUGUGUCGCGGUUUACUCGACAGCACCAUUUGUCGCAUUUUUGUAUUUUUGUGUUCGUGUAACACUAAUAAACAUAUGGGCAUUUUGAA